UCUGUCUCAUCCAAUGUUCCGGCAAACCCACCAGAAAACAGACGAGAGAAAGAACGAAAAGAAGAAAAAGAUAAUGGCAAGCGCCGAAGGAACGGUAGGGGACACCGACGCCUUCCCGGCAGUGAAUUCCUCCAGAGAGUUGGACCUCGGCGUGCCCGAAGAAUUCCCCAUCGACCCCAUCUCCUCUGACGUUGCCACUGCCAAGGAGCUCAAGGAGGAGGCAGAGGCGAGAGCGAGAGCAAAGGCCAAGGCUGAUGCGGCCGCAAAGUGCGAUUUGGGCAACACCCUGAUGUCGGUUCUCAUGGUCUCUGGCGUGGUUGUCGUCGCAGUUGGAGUAGCGUUUUUUGUCACAAAGAAGUUGAAAGAAACAUAAUCCUGAGGGCGAGUUACCCCUCCAUUUUCUUGGCGCAGAAGCUUCAACUUCAUCCUGUUGUUCUCUUCUUUUUUCUUUUUUUUUUCGGUAGAAGAGAGCUCUAGCUCCACCGUUGUUCUCUUGGCAAGAAGAUCUUUUUUUCGGUAGAAGAGAGCUCUAGCUCCACCGUUGUUCUCUUGGCAAGAAGAUCUGCGAGAGGUCAUUGUUGCCACGAUCUUGUUUUUUUUAUUUUGACAAUGCAAAAUUUCUGAGGUCUUCUGCUGUUUUGUAAUGCAUUUCAAAUUUCAUAAAGACAUAUACAUUAUGAUUGUUUA